AUAUAUAUAUAUAUAUAUAUAUAUAUAUAUAGGUGUAUCUUUUAAUUUUCCACAGCCCUGUUGAAUGUUUGAUUUUGAGCAACUGGAGCAUAACUUAGAGAUAACUUGCUUUUGGCCUUUACAUAUAUAAAAUGUCCAGGCAGGCGUGGAUCUAAUGAUGUGAAAAUGAAAUGAUGUUUGUGCGAAGAUCGAGCAAUUCAUUGUGUGAUUCAUUCAUCAUCUAGUGUGAAAAGUAAGAGCAUGUUGUUAGUUCAGCUUACAACACCCCCCCUCCUUAUUAGGCCUUGUUGGCUACUGAUAUUGUCUUCAUGUCAGAGAAAAGUAUUGCCCUACUAACCAUCGUAAUGCUGUAAGCAAAUCUGCCAGAAUGUCUAUAUCAUUCAUCAAUACACUAAAUAUUUUUUUGGUUUUUUUUGUACUUUUUCAGACCUCUAUUAUAUGGUGCAUAUUCAUGUUGGAGGUUGAUCUACUGUCUAUGUGCUUAAUACUUCUUAUCUGUUUUGGGUGACAUGGCAUCACUGUAGAAAGGAAGGAGGCUUAUGUCUGACGUCAAACUUAUGUUCAAUGAAAAUUAAACUCAUAUUUACCUGUCAGAUGCAAGUCAUUACAACAAAGCAAAUCCUAUGAAAAUCAUUUGUGGUUGAAGUAUAUUGUAAAUGCAGUAUCAUUACAUGCAUUCUUAAUAAUUUAACAAAUCUGAGGAAUAUGCUCACAACCAGGGAAGAGUUAUUAGCUUUCUGCUUUCCCCUUUAGGCAAACCAUUGGUUUUACAUUAAACUUUUAACAUUUGUUUUUCAACAAAAGUUUUUCCCUAUAAAUUUACCUUUAAUAAGAUGGGAUUAGUGAUUGAGUUGAUAAAUAACAUAAUAAAUAAAUGUCACCUAUAGUACAUAAGGGAAACCAAGUCUAAGAUGGAAAGUUUUUCCUUCUGUCUUUUAAAUAAUAAUGUAAUAUAACUCAAUAUCAGAGGGCUUUUUAAAGCCUUAUGUUAUGCAUGUAUUAUUUUUUACUUAAUGCUUAACAGAAUCCUCUUAUUUCUUUUUCUUAUAGUUUUGUGACAACAUCCUAUUCAAAAAUCCGUUCACUGCAGUCCCAAAUUGAAUGCUAGGAAAAGAUAUGCACUAGAUUGGGGAGUAAUCUGACUGCUAAUCUGUUCUAUCAUUGUGCAGAAGAAUUCUGACAUUGGGUAGAACAUGAUAUUACCUGAGUGCUUACAUGUACAUUUUUGUCAUGAAAAGUAAUUGAUUUUAACAGAAGGGUGGGUGCUUACAAAGAGAGGGCUAUGACCAGAAAAAGAGCUCACAGCAGAGGAAGAGAGAGUUUUAAAAAUAAUGCUGGUGCUUCAGGUCUGCAGAAUACCAGCUGCAAAAUACAUACUGUAUCUUUAAAAUUUUUACAAAGACACAAAAUCUUCAAAUCAUGAAACAAGGUCCGAGAGCCACAUUAGCCUUCACCUUAAACUGCUUAGCCUUUGCCUUGGCGGUGUCGGCUAUAACAACCAGCUACUGGUGUUCCGGGACCAGGAAGGUAGUGAAGCCUUUGUGCACAGGCCCAGUAAAAGUCAAACAGAACUACUGCAUCCACUUUGAUAGCUCUGAGGUAAACAACACACGUGUGGUGCAGUACAUUAACGAAAAUGGAGAGGAACAGUUUAUAAUUAAACAAUUCCACACAGGCAUUUGGUUCACCUGUGAACAGACUAUUGAUCUAUUAGGAUUUACAUGUAGAGCAUUUUUAGAGAUUGCACCUACUCAUGAAAGAGGGGUGUUAUGGUUGUGCAUUAUUGGUGAAUGUUUGUACAUCAUUUUGCUUCUUAUUGGAGUCUCACUCAUGGCAGUGGAGAGAAGUCACUGUUGUAACAUGAUGAACCGACUCAAGCUGACCGCUUUUGCAGCCCUGUGCACUGCACUUUCAGGUCUUUUUGGGAUGGUAGCACAUAUGAUGUUCACCACAGCCUUUCAGCUUGUAGUCAUUAUGGGUCCCGAGGACUGGAAACCCAAAACAUGGGACUACAGCUGGUCCUAUCUUUUGGCCUGGGUCUCCUUUGCUACCUGCAUGGCCUCAGCAGUGACUUCCCUCAACCACUACACCAAAACCAUGAUCCAAUUCAGGUUCAAGCAGAAACACAUUAAAAACAACCUGGAGCUACUGGGAUUUCAGAUGCCUGUUGGAUUAUGGGAUACAUAUCUGAGCUCAAGCCUUGAUCCUGCAGACCAGCACUUGUCCUUUGAAGUCAAUGGCCCCAGACUACUUUAUUCUUCAUCCCACGAUGCUGCAGCACUGCAUUCGCAGGGUGAAGAAUACUGCUGAGGGCAAGCAUACAGUCACUGAUGCCCUGCUGUGUGUAAUUUUGGUGUAGUACUUGAGUACAUGGUUCAAUGAAAUGGAAUUUUUUUCUAAAAUUAUAGCAGAUUUUAUUUAAUUUCUUUUAUUUUUUAUUUAUUUAUUUUUUUUACCUUUUUUUGAGUUUUUAUUAUUAUUAACUCCAGGAGGCUGUAAGCUUAAUUUAGUGCAAAUUUUUAAAAGUUCAAUCAAAAUGGAAAUAAUUUCAUGCUUUAACUUAACAGCAGUAAUCAGGCAGCACAAUGUUUUAGACUGUGGAGGCAGAUAAGCUUUGCUGGCACGGUUGAUCAGAAACCUACAUUUUCACUGCUUCAGAGGAAGCAGCAUGAUCUUCAUCAAUCAUACAAUCUUUCAAAUGAUACAAGUCAUAAUCAGUGGAGAUAUUGGUAUUAGCUAGCCAGAAUAGCUGGCUAGACCUUUUGAUUUUGAAAGCCCUCUAUAAAACAUCCCAUUUUGAUGCUUGAUUGCUAUUACCUGUUGCGUUAGGUCUGUCUAUGUAAUGUGGACAUAUGUGAAUUAGCAUCUAGCUACUGAUACAUGCAAGCUGCUAAAAUCAAAAACAAUCAGUUACGAAGAACCAUUUCUUUUCAACAAUACAUACUCUUAAGAAUGAAUGACAAUAGAAAAUAGAACAUUCCUCUUAUAGAUCACUUUUUAGUUUUUUUAUUCGGUUGCAAGGUUCAUUGGAAUUUUGAGCAAGAUACAGUAUAUAUGUUGAAUAAAUAUGGGAAUGAAAUGCACCAUCAGUCUUCUGAAGGAAAGGGAUAUUGCUGAGAACCUCCUGAAUCUGUGCCUCCAUGUCUUCCAGUGUAUGAGGCUUUGUCCUGUACACCUCCUCCUCACAUGGAGAGUGAGAUCUAGACUUCUUGGAGCCAUCCAUGAGGUUCAUGUCAUCCCAGCCAAUGUCUAUCUAAUGCUAGUCUAACGAUGCACUCACAGUAAGAACAAAAUGGGGUGAUGCACAAUUCUGCAUGAAAAUAAGGUCGGCAAGAUUUAUAGCUAUUAAAUAUUACUAGUUAAUUUACACCCACCCUGUUUAUAAUCUGAACAUUCUGUUCAACAAAGUAAGUGUGUAAUUGUUGAUAUUGUGAGUUUCUACUGUCUGGAAAAAAACCUACUUGUGCUUACUGUGCACAUGUUUCUGAA